AUGUCCCGCGAGUGGGAGCUCGGCGGGCACCGCCGCCGCCGCUCCGCGCAGGACGGCUACGACUUCCCCAAAGACCUGGGACACAGGAGUGACCUUCACCGGAGAGGCUCCCUCUGCGACCGACACUGUGCGGCCCUGAACAACCUCCACGGGGACCUGGCGGACAUGCAUUCGGAGUCCCAUCCGCUCCUGCCCCUCAGGAUCCCUUCAGUGGUCUCCAGCCAGGGCUGCUGCCUACAUCACUCCGAGGAAGUUCAGACGUGCGACAGAUGCCUGCAGAAGAUGAGACUUAUGGCCGAGAACGAGGUGGAAGCCCACCGUCUCUCAAACAAUUACAAGUUUGGAUUUAAGAAAUGGAAGAGCCAUGUCACGGCUCGGCCAUGGGAGGAACGGUCAGAAAUUGUCAAAGAGCUCUACUCCGACCUGACUAUCAUCAAAAGUCCAACAGGUUCUAUGCUGACUUGUGGCAACCUCUUCUACCUGCUCUUGUUUGGAUGGUGGCUCUCGCUACUCUACGUCUUGGUCUCUCUUCUGAUGUUCCUCACCGUGCUGGGCGCUCCGUACGGAAAACUCUGCUGGAAGCUUGCGGGAUAUUUUCUCUGGCCGUUCGGCAAAGUAAUUCAGAAGAUGAAAAGACCCGGUCCAGAUUGCCAGAUGAAGUUCAACCAGAACCCCGUCGUCGCUGAGGUCAAGGUGCUGAAGGACACCACUCCUUUGCUCCCCCGGCAGGAUUCGUGUAAGAUGGGCGGUUGUGGUUUCUGGUGGCGUAGUAGCACCUACAUCUGGCUCCUGGCUGGGUUCCCUCUCCUGGUCUUUGCCCACGUUCUUCUCUGCGUCCUCUGUUGGCUUCUGGUCUUCUUCAUCCCAACGGCCAAGAUGAGCCUGCGCACCGUCACCACGAUUCUCCUCCUGCCCCCCGAGUGCGUCCACAUUCAGCGCCUACGGAAGACGGAAGUCCCUUUAGAUGCGGAAGUGGUCCUCUGUUGUUACCAGGCGGUCAGCGCGUAUUAUUACAAAUACGCCGUUGAUGGGAUCAACGUCUUUGCCGUCAGUAUCCUUUUGGGGCCUGUGGGAAGGUCAGCGGUGGGCAUCUCCCGUGACAUCUACCUCAACUUCUGGGGAGAUAUGCUAAGCAGGACAUUAGCCUUUCCUCUCUUUUGACGGAUGUCCGUGUGGUGCUCCAUCGGCAGCAUCUCGGCCCAAAGCAACUUCGCGGUGGGGGCCGUGGUCAACGCCACCUUUGGCUCCAUCACGGAGCUGACCUUCUACAUCACGGCCCUCAUCAAGGGCGCCCGGGAGAAGAACAGGUGCUACGCGGAGAUCGUCAAGUCCGCCCUGACCGGCACCCUGCUCGGCUGCGUCCUUUUCAUCCCGGGCCUCUGCAUGGUGAUUGGCGGCAUCCGACACCAGGAGCAAAGGUUCAACAGCCGAUCGGCCGGGAUCAGCUCUGCCCUCCUCUUUCUGUCGGUGGGAGGUGUGUUUGCCCCGACUCUCUUCUCCAAAGUCUACGGGAGGCUGGUCUGUGGGGAAUGCCAGAAUUAUACCCAGCAGGAUCCCCCCGGGCACUACGUCUGCCAGAGCUGCCACUUCGAUUUGAUGGAGAACAACGGGACUCUCUACUACAGCCAUAUUGAACCUCUGGUGUACACGGUGUCCUUGAUGCUCCCGGCUGCAUAUUUCAUCGGGCUCGUCUUCACCCUGAAGACUCACUCCCACAUCUACGACAUCCUCAUCAGCGACUGCCACAUGCCCAGUCGCCAUCACAGUGCAGUGGUCCAUUGGUCUCGCUGGAGAGCCAUGGUCAUUCUUCUGGUGGCCACUCUAGGCAUGUCCGCCUGUGCAGAUCUGGCCACCGAGCACAUCAGCCCCAUUCUGAACAACUCGCCGGUCUCUCAGUAUUUCAUUGGCGUGACUGUGCUGGCCAUGGUGCCCGAGAUUCCGGAGUUGAUCAACGGGAUCCAAUUUGCUUUGCAGAACAAUCUCAGUUUGAGCAUUGAGAUCGGGAACUGCAUCGCUGUUCAAGUCUGCAUGUUGCAAAUACCCAUCCUGGUGCUCUUCACCGUAUUUUACCCCACCGACUUCAUCCUGGUCUUCAGCGACCUCCACGUCUACGCCAGCAUGUUCAGUGUGGUGCUCAUGAAUUACAUCUUCAUGGAUGGCAAGUGUGAUUACUUCCAAGGUACCGUGCUGGUGAUGGUCUAUUUUAUCCUCAUGGCUGUGUAUUAUUUUGCUCCUUCUCCUGCUGGCUGCUGAGCUGACGGUCCGUUGGGCUUCCCACCUCUCGGUCGCAGUCGCUUCCCGCCAGCGCCUCGAGCCAUGACCCGUCUCGUAGAGACGAACUU